CGGGAAGCCUGUGCUGGGAAGCCUGUGCUGGCCGUUGGUUGCUGUUUGCAUUAGGAAGAAGCAAGAUGUAGUUCUAAACCUUUUAAAACUUACUUCUUUUGUUUCUUUAUGUUGACCUUUUUGAUUAGUAAAAUGCAAAUCUUUCUGUCCUACAUUUCUUUACAAGAUCUUGUUAUGUUUGGUAGGAUUUCCAAGGUAUUUGAAAAAGAUCUCCACAUAUAAGGAUUUCCCAGAGAGCCUAUCUGCAGUUGUCCUUCUGAGCUUUUUACCCUUAAUCUUUUUGCAGACGGAAUCGUUCCCAAAUGCCUGGAAAUUCCUCAUUGGAUUACUGUGUUUUAAGCAGAGUUUUGUGAAUAGCUUUUUAUCUUCAACCGGAAAGAAAGAUGUGGAAAGCUUCGGCAGGCCAUGUGGUGUCCAUCACCCAGGAUGACGGGGAAGCUGAUGACUGGGAGACUGACCCGGAUUUUGUGAAUGAUGUGAGUGAGAAAGAACAAAGAUGGGGCGCGAAAACUGUGCAAGGCUCCGGGCACCAGGAGCACAUCAACAUACAUAAGCUGAGAGAGAAUGUUUUCCAAGAGCAUCAGACCCUUAAAGAAAAGGAACUCGAAACAGGACCAAAAGCCUCCCAUGGGUAUGGAGGGAAGUUUGGUGUGGAACAAGACAGAAUGGAUAAGUCAGCUGUUGGCCAUGAGUACCAGUCGAAACUUUCCAAACACUGCUCGCAAGUUGACUCUGUCCGGGGAUUUGGAGGCAAGUUUGGUGUCCAGAUGGACAGAGUUGAUCAGUCUGCUGUAGGCUUUGAAUACCAGGGCAAGACAGAGAAGCACGCCUCCCAGAAAGACUACUCAAGUGGCUUUGGUGGCAAAUAUGGCGUGCAGGCUGACCGGGUGGACAAGAGCGCCGUGGGCUUUGACUACCAGGGCAAGACUGAGAAGCACGAGUCACAGAGAGAUUACUCCAAAGGUUUUGGUGGGAAAUACGGUAUUGACAAGGACAAAGUGGACAAGAGCGCCGUGGGCUUUGAGUACCAGGGCAAGACCGAGAAGCACGAGUCCCAGAAAGACUAUGUGAAAGGGUUUGGAGGAAAAUUUGGUGUGCAGACAGACAGACAAGACAAAUGUGCCCUUGGCUGGGACCACCAGGAGAAGUUACAAUUGCACGAAUCGCAGAAAGAUUAUAAGACUGGUUUCGGAGGCAGAUUCGGUGUUCAGUCCGAGAGGCAGGACUCCUCUGCCGUGGGGUUCGAUUACAAGGAGAAGCUGGCCAAGCACGAGUCCCAGCAAGACUACUCCAAAGGAUUUGGGGGAAAAUAUGGGGUGCAGAAGGAUCGGAUGGACAAGAAUGCAUCAACCUUUGAAGAUGUUACCAAGGUGUCCCCUGCUUACCAAAAGACGGUACCUGUUGAAGCCGUGGCCAGUAAAACAAGUAACAUCAGAGCUAACUUUGAAAACCUCGCUAAGGAGAAGGAACUGGAGGACAGGCGGAAGGCAGAAGCUGAGCGAGCCCAGCGGAUGGCUAAGGAGAGGCAGGAGCAGGAAGAGGCCCGCAGGAAGCUGGAGGAGGAAGCCAGAGCCAAGACACAAGCCCCUACUGUGUCCCCCACCCCACAGCCUGCUGCAGAGAGGCGGUCGCCCAGCCCUGUCUAUGAGGACGCAGCUCCAUUCCAAGUGGAACCAAGCUACGGAGGCCCCAUGCAUGCGAGCGAGCUGGAGCCUGCCUAUAGCGUGGAAGCUACUGACUACCAAGAGGCUGGCAGCCAGCAGGGCCUGGCCUAUGCCCCUGAGGCCGUUUACGAAAGUCCAGAAGUCCCAGGCCACUAUCCAGCAGAGGAGACGACCUACGACGACUACGAGAACGACCUGGGGAUCACGGCCAUCGCGCUUUACGACUACCAGGCUGCGGGCGAUGACGAAAUCUCAUUUGACCCUGACGACAUCAUCACCAACAUUGAGAUGAUUGAUGACGGCUGGUGGCGCGGGGUGUGCAAGGGCAGGUACGGGCUCUUCCCCGCCAACUAUGUGGAGCUGCGGCAGUAGGGAGGCUGCGCCACGGGUCUCACACUACACAUCAGGCCUUGGCUGGUUCUUGGGUUUUGGUUGAUUUUUCUUUUUUGUUUGUUUUAUUUUUUGAUGUUGGGGAGGGGAGUAUACAUAUUGCUUUUAUAUUUAAACUUUUGCUGAUGCUUUUGAAAAUGUUUAUGCCACAAAAUUUGCUAAUAUAUUGUAAUCAUGUUCCUGAGGAGGACUUUGGUAAUUGUUUUUAUGCAUUUAUGGUAUUUUGUUUUUUUGCCAAAUUGACUGUCACAUGCAGCCACUUCAGGGACUCUUGAGAUCUUUAGCUCUUUUGAGGUCAGUAAUGCAUGUCCUCAUGGGCACCUGCCAUUCCCCAGGACAAACGAGCUCUUCCGGGUCACAUCUGCCGCUGUCAGGCAAGAUGACUGUCCUGGUGGAAGGGAGGGCAGGGCCUGUGGACAUCAGAAGAGGAGGAAGGCCCCUCCCGGGUCGUACUGUGGCAGCCCAGAGUGCUGAUGGCUUUAGCAAGGGUCCCACCUGGGCUAGUUCUUGUAUCUGCCCCUCCCCCCCACGCCCACCUCCCCAGGAGGGCUGCAGGGGGCCGUGCCCCCCCACCCCGCCUCCCAGUGGGACUGAGUCUUCAGACAUUCCCCUCCCUUGGCCAUCUCCUGACCACAGCCCACGGUGACAGUCUCCAGGGCCUUACUGAAGAGGUUGAGGCUCGUGUUGGGCAUGGCUUGCCAGCACGAGGCUCACGUCUUGACUGUGAUUUGGACAGUCUUGGCCCCUGCGUGUCUGUUGUGUGGCAAACCAGCCACGUCGCUGUGGGGAGGCUGGUGCCUUCUCUAUUGUAAACUGCCAGAAACUUUCUUCCUUUCAAGGGAGUUGUGCUAUUUUUGCCAAAAUUUGUUCAAUGACUGUGAAAGUUGACCAAUUGACGGCUAAAAAUAAGAGAAGUACAAAUGAGCAAGUGUUCCUACCAGGGUGCCCUUGGCAGUUCUGAACACUGCUGUCCCCAGGCACUGCGGUGACUUGCUGCCAGGGAAACGUAUCACCCUCCCAAGAAACCAGGGGGCUGGACCAAUCCAGUCAUGCGCACAUCAGGUGGACAGCGUAUCUUUCCAGAAGGUCACGUGGAAAUGUCUCAGAUGUCUGGGACAUUUAAUGGUCGUAAUGCACCCGUUUUGUUUCCUGAAGUGCAUUUCUGCAUAAUCCUUGCUUUACCACAAGAUUAGGUCAGGUUUUAUAUGCAACUUAUUGUAUCUGAAUUCCUGUAGCACACCUCAUAGGUAUGAUUUUUUUUUUAAUUAAAUGCUCAGAAUAAACUUUUUUUUGACCCA